AUAUCAUCUACAUAAAAGGGGCCAAGAGUGGUAGUGUGUCAGAGACAAUGGCAGGGCUGUGGAAGACCUUUGUAUUGGUGGUGGCCUUGGCUGUGGUCUCCUGUGAGGCCCUUCGACAACUAAGAUAUGAGGAGAUUGUUGAUAGAGCCAUAGAGGUAUACAACCAAGGGCGGCAAGGAAGACCCCUCUUCCGCCUGCUAAGUGCCACUCCACCUUCUAGUCAGAAUCCUGCUACCAAUAUCCCACUCCAGUUCAGGAUUAAAGAGACAGAGUGUACUUCCACCCAGGAGAGACAGCCUAAAGACUGCGACUUCCUGGAGAAUGGGGAGGAGAGAGAUUGCACAGGGAAAUUCUUCAGAAGGCGGCAGUCAACCUCCCUGACCCUGACCUGCGACAGGGAUUGCAGUCGAGAGGAUACCCAAGUGACCAGUUUUAAUGAUAAGCAAGACGUCUCCGAAAAGGACAAGUUUGAAGGUGUGCCCCCUCACAUCAAGAACAUUUAUGAAGAUGCCAAGUAUGAUAUCAUCAGCAACAUCCUGAAAAAUUUCUAGGGUUGGAAAGAGGAGGGAGGUGCUCCCUGCGUACUAUGGCCUCCUCUUUACCUCCACUACCCAUCUCCCCCUGCCGCCUUCAGGAUCUGCCCCUCUUUCCUGCCCUUCCCAGGAACACCCCCUCUAGAGUAGCCCUAGCUCCUAAAACAUCCAUACCUUUGUCCAUUUGCUUCCUUCUGCUGGGCCUUCCUGCCUUACCCUCUAUCUGAAACCCUUAUUGAUUCUUCAAGGCCCAAGUUCAAAAGUCCCCUCCAGCGGGAAGCCUCCUCAUUCUCCCAGAGCCAAAGUCCUGCCCACAUCAGUUCACUCAUAAUCUUCAAACCACAUUGGUAUCACCUGCUGUGUCCCCAGCCAGACGACCCUGUAUCUGUUCACAGCUGGGCCUCCUGGGCCAGCUGCAGGUGGCUGUAGAAUGAAUGUUUCAAUGAUGUGUCCCUGGUAUCCUGGGAGGACAGAACCCUGUAGACUCCUGCUCUCUGCCUAGUCACUGUGACACCAAAUGCCCCUUUACAUACCCAGAUCUCUUAACGGGGAUGUGGCACGUGGGUGUGGUCAGAUCACCUUGUGAGGCCUAUAAGAGAGGUUCAAUAAAAAUGCUUCUGAGAUUAA